AAAAUAAACAUGACUCCCUUCGAUGAUUUUUCGUAUCUAAUAAAUCAUGUAUUGUUGGGCGAAGAGCCGACCAUAGAAGAUUUUAUAUUGUUGGUGGGCACGGUGGUGGCUUUUGUGGCCUUUGUUUUAUGGUGUUGUUUUCCCAUACAGCCCAAGGACUCGGCCAAUCAUCGACAGUUUUCCUGUAAAACCAUGCAUUCGAUUAACAGCUCUUCACAUCAAAUGCAAACCAGCUAUAGUAAAACCUCUACCAAUGCUUUGGUCCACAAUGAUUAUAUAUUAAGGAAUGGUUCCUCAACAAAUGGGGCCGGCAGUAGUGGUGGUGGCGGCCAUUCAUAUCAUUGUUGCACUUAAAUGCCCCUUUGCAGCGCAGCUAUUUUGA